AUGCAGUAAGGGCAAAAGAUCAAAGGGUAUUUGCUGCUGCUGGUGCUCUGAGUUGGUCAAUUUGUAUGCAUCUGCAAUAAGAACUGAACCCAAUUAACCAAAAGCCCAACCCACAAUUUGGAAAAGGAAAUAUAUAAAAAGCUUGGGCUUCUGUUCUGUCGUUUUGCUGUUAUCAGCUUUCUGGAGUUUCAUGAUUUGUUAAAGACUUGUCUGUCUUGACCAAGCUUUCUUCGAAGUUCGAGUAAUUGCUGCAGUUUAUUUGAUAUGUAGGACUAGCUAACCCCAGAUUCCAAAAUGUUUUUCUGCCAAAGAAUGAUCAAGGAAUAUGAUCAAAGCAACUGAUUUCUGAGGCGGAGUUGUCUAUCUUGUUGACAUCUAAUCUGAAAGUAUGCUGAAAAUAACGUAUGGGUUUUAGCUCUUAAUCUGGUUUGGGUUAAUAGCUAACCAAGAAACUUGAGAAAGAGGGAUUGAAAGGCUGAAGCCACAACCAUCAUUGAUCAUUAUCAUUUUUUGUGGAAAAUGGAAGGGGCUGUAAGGGUGCAAAUCCUCUCACAGGCGGGGAUUUCAGAGGUUCCAUCACAAUAUAUCCAACCACCUGAGAACCGGCCUACACCUAUAACCAAUACUAAAACUAGUUUGAGCUACGACAAUGUCCCUGCAAUUGAUCUAUCUCAUAAAGAGGAGUCUGUCAUAGCAGCCAUUCAAGAGGCUUGCCAAGAAUUGGGAGCUUUUCAUGUUAUCAACCAUGGGGUUCCUGCGAAACUGAUGGAUGAUUUGAGGAGAUCCUGUCUUUCUUUUUUCAAUGAUUUCCCAAUGGAGGACAAACUUAAAUAUGCUUGCCAGCCCAAUUCUGCUGCCUCCCAGGGUUAUGGUAGCCGCAUGCUUGUAAGCUCUGAAAAUGACAGUGUGUUGGAUUGGAGGGACUAUUUUGAUCACCAUACCCUCCCUCUUUCACGCCGUAAUCCAUCCUUUUGGCCCCAUUUUCCACCUGAAUACAGGGAAUUGGUGGCAGAUUAUAGUGAUGAGAUGAAAGUGUUGGCUCAGAGACUGUUGGGGUUGAUAUCUGAGAGUUUAGGACUGAGGGCAUCCUGCAUAGAAGAUGCAGUUGGGGAAUUCUAUCAGAACAUAACAGCCAGUUACUAUCCACCAUGUCCACAGCCAGAGCUGACAUUGGGCCUGCAAUCCCAUUCUGAUAUGGGUGCCAUCACCCUUCUAAUACAGGAUGAUGUGGGUGGUCUUCAGGUGCUCAAGGAUGGAAAGUGGCUUACUGUUCAUCCUCUGCCAAAUGCCAUCCUUGUUCUUCUGGCUGACCAAACUGAGAUUAUAACUAAUGGAAAAUACAGAAGCUCUGUGCAUCGGGCUGUAACAAAUGCCAGUAAAGCCCGUCUCUCUGUUGUGACUUUUCAUGACCCAGCUAAGGCAGUCAGAAUAUCCCCUGCCUCUGAUCUUCUGAGUGAGUCUUCCCCACCUCGCUAUGCUCCAGUUGUUUACGGAGACUAUGUGUCAUCAUGGUACUCAAAGGGCCCUGAUGGAAAACGAAAUCUUGAUGCACUCAUGCUUGACACUUAAAAGUAUCGGAAAUGCUUGCUCUCUCUGCACCUUGACCCUUGUAAUUAAUUCCUGUGGAAGAAGCAUCACAACUACUCAGUUCUCCCGUAUGCGUCCUCGUUUUAUUUCUCAAUUAAGAACUCAUUAUUUUCAUAAUUCCAAUAUUUAAGCCAUUCUUCUGCAUUGCAUGCAAUAAAGUGACAAUAAGAGUGAUCAAUCCUUUUUUUGCUCUGG